AUGGCGCAAGCAACCGACAAGAUCAGCGAUGAGCGCUUCCUGCUUAUUCUAUUCGAGCACAAGAGCUCCAAGAUGGAGUGGAAAUCGAUUGCUGAGCAGUGCGGCAUGCGCAACGGAAAAUCAGUUCUGAAGAAGCGUAUCGAGGCUUCCAAAGGUGUCGUUGGCACUGUCAACAGUGAUGGCACUCCCAAGUCGGGCAAGAAAGGGAAUGGCAGUAAGGCGAGCUCCAUGCCUUCGAAAAGGAGAGCCGCUUCUGGGAAUGGAGACGAAGAUGACGAGGAGAGUACCCCACUCAAGAUCAAGUCUCAGGGAAUCAAGAAGGCUAAGCUUGAGGCUUGCGAGGAGGCUAUCACGAAAGCUGAGACAGGCAGCGAUGACGGGUGGGCUUGA